AUGGUCGCCGAUACCGCUUAUUACGACCUCCUCGGCAUCUCGCCUGAUGCUUCUUCGAACGAGAUCAAGAAGGCUUACCACAAACUCGCCCUCGAGACGCACCCAGACAAGGUGCCCGAGCCUGAGCGUGAGGAGGCAGCGGAGAAGUUUAAAGAUAUUCAGGAUGCGUAUGACACGCUGAGAGAGCCUGAAUCGAGAGAGAUGUAUGAUGAGUUCGGGUCGGAUGGUGGUCCUGGGAUGGGUGGUGGGAUGGGUGGCGGAAUGGAUAUGGAUGAUCUGUUCGAGCAGAUGUUCGGGAUGGGCAUGGGAGGUAUGGGCGGCGGCUACGGACCUGGACGGGAACCUCAUCGGGGUGGACGAAGAGGUGGAAAGACUCCGGAUGCUGUGCAAGAGUACCCCGUAAGUCUGGAAGACCUGUACAAGGGCAAGACCACACGAAUGGCGGCAAGCAGAAAGGUUGUUUGUCAGCACUGUUCUGGAACUGGUGGAAAGAAGGGUGCGAAGGAGAAGAAAUGUGGUGGAUGUGAUGGACGUGGGUUGAAGUCUGCUGUGUCCCGCGAUGGUAUGGGACAGUUGAGGACGAUGCAGGUUGAGUGUGAUCAGUGUGACGGUGAAGGCAAGAAGAUCCCAGAGGCACAUGCCUGUCGAAAGUGUAAGGGUAAAAAGGUCGUUGACGAGAAGAAGAUCUUGGAGAUCCACGUCGAGCGUGGUAUGAGGGAUGGUGAGCGUAUCGUAUUGCCGGGUUUGGCAGAUGAGCAGCCUGGUCGUGAGACUGGAGACGUCAUCUUCAAGUUGAGGCAGAAGGAGCACCCUGACUUUGCACGCUUAGGAUCUGAUCUUCGCACAACGCUCAAGAUCACUCUCGCUGAAUCACUAUGCGGGUUCUCCCGCGUCGUCCUUACGACUCUUGAUGGCCGUGGUCUUCGCUUCACUCACCCUGCUGGCAAGGUGUUGAGGCCUGGAGAGGUCAUCAUCGUCAAGGGUGAGGGUAUGCCCCGCGGCCGUCGUUCCGACGACAAGGGUGAUCUCUUCCUCGAGGUCGAGGUUGAGUUCCCUCCUGACAACUGGGUGUCGGACACCUCUGACCUCAAAAAGCUGGCCACUGUCUUGCCAGACGUGAAGAGGGCGGCCGAGAAGGGGCCUGAGAUUGUGGAUGAUGCCGAGUAUGUUAAGGGAACCUUUGAUGGGUUUGGUGGUGAGGAGGCGGAUCAGCAGUGGGAGACUGACGACGAGGAUGGUGAGGGUCCUGGUGUGCAGUGUGCUCAGCAGUAG